AUGCCUGCAGAUCGCGGUCGCUACGAGCCCCUGGAGCCCAUCUCCAUCCAGAAGCAUGAAUCGGAAUCGGCUUGCGACGACGACCUGGAUCUGGCAAACAUGCCAGCUUCCAAGCAACCCAUGUGGACGCGCAAACAAGCAACCAUGGCUUUUGCAGCCAAUAUCGUCAUCCUUUUAGUAUCCUUAUGUGUAUUACUAAUAUCCCUUGGCAAGAAACCUGCCCUAUCAGACUUGGAAUGUGCAAAAAAGGUCUCAACAUACUCACCUGCUUGGGAUGCAGUACAAUACUGGGAAGGGUCGUUCAAUAACGCAUUCAAUGUUUCAUCAAUAUAUCGUGGGCCACCUACACUCGAACGUGAGCAGGCAUGGCACGCACUCUGGUAUCAAGAUGUACUUCCCAUUGACAAGGCCAGCCUUGAGGCAUUGAACCAGACUCACCGUGGCAAGCAUGUCGAGGUUCUGGGAAGUGACCCUGCCAAUCCGCAGUAUGGCGCCUAUCUAGAGGUGUUUCACCAGCUACAUUGCCUUAAUGUGCUACGUCAGCACUCCUGGGGCCUGAGCAAGUUUGAUCCGUCCUGGCCAAAACUGCUUUACCCCUCUCUCUUCAAAGACCGAGUAAUGACUCGGAUGCACGUUGAUCAUUGUAUAGAAACCCUGAGAAUAAGUCUAAUGUGCACUGCAGACGUCACGCCGCUGCUAUACUUGUAUGACAAGGAGAGAACAUUAGGAUUCUCGGCCGACUUCAACACAUUCCACAAGUGUCGAGAUUUCGACAAGAUUGUGAGUUAUGUGAAGGAGAAUGGCUUCCAACUUGAACUUAAAGAUGAAAAUCAUUGA